AUGGAUGCGCUCGAAGAUAUCCAACAUUCCCUUUCUGACAAGAGUCAGUCCAUGCAACCACCACUUUUGCUUCGCGAGUGCAUCUCAAACUGGCAAAGUCAGAGCGGCGAGUCGCCAGCUACAUGUCCUGAGUGUCGUGGGGAAAUCGGAAAUGCGGCACAGGAUUUGCUGAUUGAUUCUGUUCUUUCUGUGGUAUCGGCCAUGCUUUCCAUGUGA